AAUAAAAUUCUUAACCAAAAAAGUUAAAUGACAAUGACAAUUUGCACCCUUUUUUUUGUAGAUAAAUAAUGAUUUAUUUAGCGUAACCAAGACAAGCAUAAACAAAUAAUCCAUGGUUUUACGGGAAACGUGCAAUUUAUUAAUUUUUUUAAUGUUUUGUAUUAGUUGGCAUUUCAACUGCCCCACUGCCAAUAUGCCACUAUCGCUGAUAACUCCGACAUAGGAAUAAUCGCAAAAUUAAUUUAAAAAUGAAUGCCUUACUCUGUUAUAAAUUCUUAUAUUUACAAUAAAUGCCUAGCUUGUAGCGAGUGAUCAAAUGUUAAUACGUUAUGGGUAUAUGCUGGUGCAAAGAGAAGCAUGAAGAAAGUGAAACCUAUUUUCCACAAUCAAGCAAUGACAAUAUUGAUAAUGCAAUACAAUCGGUUACGCCAUACUCUGCGGCUGAAUAUUACAUGGAAAAUACGGAAAAAGGCUGUCCUGAUUCUAGCGUUGUAGAUAAACUCGUUAUAGAAACUUUAGGUAUUAUCGGUACGCUUGUAGAUAACGAACAGGAGCCUCCUGCAUCGAUGCUACGUUUACAUAAUAUAGCAGACAACGAAGAGGGAUGGAUUCAAGUUGUGAAAUCUAUGGUAAAUGUAAUACCUAUGCUCGACCCUUUGGGUCCGUCGGUAAUAACACUCCUACUUGACGACUGCCCGCUGCCGUCCAGAGAAUCGGUCCUGCAUGUUGCUUCAAUGUUCAAUUUAUCGGCACAGAGCGCUAUAGCGGAUAGGGCAAACGCUCCGAAGCAAAGAAAUAUCAGCGUAGUGUUGGGUUGUAUAGCUGAAAAAUUGGCCGGACCUAGUAGUUUAGGAAUUUUAACCAACUCCACUUUAGACUAUCUGAUAACAAAUCUGGACAUGGACGCCGAUCCCCACGUGAUUUUAUUUUCGUUAAUUGCUCUCGAGAAAUUCGCCCAAACUAGCGAAAACAAAGCGACAAUCAUUCGACGGCUGCAGGAUGAGAUUUGUUGUCCGAUUUCGAAAUUAGAGCCGUGGAUUAAUGAGGAACAUUUUGUUAGGAGGCAGGUCGGUUUUUGUGCUCAGUGGGCAUUGGAUAAUCUGUUUAUAAUGAAGAAUCGAAAAUUUUCAUAUCUAACGGUAAAUAAUUCGCACUUGAACGCAAUGCUGAACACUAGCGACGUAAGUGAAUAUCUCAAAAUUUCCCCAAAUGGUCUGGAAGCUCGAUGUGACGCCUACUCAUUCGAAAGUGUAAGAUGCACGGCCCAGGCUGAUUCAGGUGUCUGGUAUUACGAAGUAUGCAUUAUCACUCCAGGUGUUAUGCAGAUCGGUUGGGCCACUAAGGAGAGCAAUUUCUUGAAUCAUGAUGGGUAUGGAAUUGGGGACGAUAAAUAUUCGUUAGCUUAUGACGGAUGCAGAAAGCUGAUCUGGUACAACGCCAAAUCGGAACCGCAGCAGUUGCCUCGAUGGCAACCUGGUGAUACGCUUGGUUGCCUUCUUGACAUGGAUAACCAGCAAAUAAUUUUUUCGGUGAAUGGAAAAGAAAUACCGCCUUGCACUCACGUUUUUAGCAUGGCCAAAUCCGGAUUCUUUGCAGCCGCAAGCUUCAUGUCAUUCCAACAGUGCCAUUUUAACUUUGGUACCGAACCAUUUAAAUUUCCACCGAACUUGGAGUUUUCAAACUUUAAUGAUUGUGGUGUAUUGGAGCCUGAAAGUAAGAAGGUAAUGCCACGUCACAUUUAUCUGGACCAACUAAGACAGCAGAGCGUUAGAGAGGAUAGUUGCACCUUGUGCUACGACAAAAAGGCCUCUGUGCGGCUUAUUCCCUGUGAACACGAAGGAUUUUGCACGUCUUGCGUUAGUCAACUGACCGAAUGUCCCAUGUGCAGAUCAGCAAUACAUCUUGUUGUAGACGAUAAUACGUAACAUCGAUUGUUAUUUCUCUAUAACGUUUUUUUGCCGCCAAUGUUAAAUAAUUUUCUAUAGACUGUAUUGUUGUUGGCAUAGCAGUUUAAAAUAUUUACUAUUGCAUUUAUUUGUUUAAAGUUGUAUCUGUGUAUAUCAUAUGUAAAUUAACAACUAUCUCUGUCCCACAUUGAAAAUUUAGAAGAGAAUUCGGUCAAAAAUAUGGGCGUUACGUUUUUUGUAUAUACCUUUUAUUAAAUUUUGAAACUUAUGGAUUAAGGGCUACAAAAAGUUGAUAUUUUAUAUUAAAGCAGAAAGAAAUAUAUCAGUCUUUUAAAGACUCUAAAUAUACGAAAAUUCACUAUUUGUCUUUAUGGAAUGCCAAACUAUUGUAACGCUUUUAAUGUGUAUUUAUACUAUUCAGAUUUUCUAUAAAGAGUAUUAAUUAUUUUAUUGUAAAUGAGCCUAAGAUGUAUAUGUAUAUUAAAAUGUAUGUAUGUUUAGUUAUUGUAAAUUACCUUAU